AGAGACAGGUGUGUGUUCCGGGGGUGACAAGUGACGUUGUGGUGUAUCCCGGUGGUCGUAUCCUGAGGACCUGAAGCCCAGAGACGUGACAUGUACUGAGGACCCCGCCUGUCUGACUGCAGCCCCCAACUCAUCCGGUUUAGAAAUGAGCCCCACACAAUGGGAUUUUCCAGUGGAAUUAUGCUGUCGUCCUAUGGCCUUUGUGACCCUUACUGGAUUAGAUGUGACAUAUAAUGCUGUUCAUCGUGCCAUCUGGGAUGCCUUUUGUGCAAAUAGGCGAGCAGACCGUGUACCCAUCUCCUUUAAAGUGCUUCCUGGAGACCAUGAAUAUCCAAAAUGUAGAACAAAGAGAACAUCGUAUGAAUGGUACAUCCCUAAAGGAAUCCUUAAGACCGGCUGGAUGAAUAAACAUCUUAACCUGGUGCCAGCUCUGGUUGUGGUGUUUUAUGAGCUUGACUGGGAUGAGGCUCAGUGGAAAGAGAAGCAGUCAGAAUGUGCCACCAGAGUGGAAAUUGUGAGGCAGAGCUUGCAGGGAAGAAACACAAAGGUGGCUGUAGUUCUUAUUCAGAAGAAAACCCCUUUACCUCCAGGUGAAGAUCUCAUUGCUUCUGAAAGAGCUGCUGCCCUAUGCAAUGCCUGUGACCUGUCAGGGAAAUCGCUGUUUGUGCUGCCACACACAGAUCACUUGGUGGGCUACAUAAUCCGAUUAGAGAAUGCCUUUUAUGAGCAUGCCCAGACCUACUACUACACCGAGAUUAGGAGGAUAAAAUCCCACAAGGAGUUCUUAAAUAAAACCACUCAUCAGCUGCUGUUCGUGAGACAUCAGUUCAAGAUAGCAUUUUUCAGUGAACUGAAACAAGAUACACAGAAUGCCUUAAAAAAUUACAGGACGGCUUAUAAUUUGGUGCAUGAACUGAGAGCUCAUGAAACAAACAUGCUGGAAAUUAAGACCAUGGCUGGAUUCAUAAACUAUAAGAUUUGCCGCUUGUGUUUCCAGCACAACACACCUCUAGAUGCCAUUGCACAGUUCAGAAAACACAUAGAUUUGUGUAAGAAAAAGAUAGGCAGUGCAGAAUUGUCCUUCGAACACGCAGCCUGGAUGUCUAAACAGUUCCAAGCUUUUGGAGAUUUAUUUGAUGAGGCUAUUAAGCUUGGACUGACUGCUAUUCAGACCCAGAAUCCUGGAUUCUACUACCAGCAGGCUGCAUAUUAUGCCCAGGAGCGCAAGCAUCUAGCAGGCCUUCUGUGUAGUCAUGAUCCCUCAGUAACCUAUCCCAGUCCAGAUCCUCUGGAGACACCCAAUGGUGUGUUGGACUUCUAUGGUCAGCGGGCCUGGAGACAAGGCAUAUUGAGUUUCGAUCUUUCUGAUCCAGAGAAGGAGAAGGCAGGUAUACUUGCUCUACAACUUAAAGAGAAAGAUGUCAUCCACUCGGAACUUAUCAUCAGCCUCCUCAGCAAUGCUGUAGCUCAGUUCAAGAAGUACAAAUGUCCACGAAUGAAAAGCCACUUGAUGGUACAGAUGGGUGGAGAAUAUUACUAUGCUAAAGACUACACUAAGGCCCUGAAAUUGCUCGAUUAUGUCAUGUGUGAUUACCGCAGUGAGAGGUGGUGGACCCUACUCACCUCAAUACUAAGUACAGCUCUAAAAUGUGCUUAUCUCAUGGCCCAACUUAAAGACUACAUCACCUACUCUCUAGAGCUACUUGGAAGAGCAUCAACAUUAAAAGAUGAUCAAAAAUCUAGGAUUGAAAAGAACCUAAUAAUGGUGUUAAUGAAUGAGAGUCCUGAUCCAGAGCCAGACUGUGACGCAUCCAUGGUGAAACUGGCUCAGCGUUUGUGGGCAGAUAGAGUUUCUUUGGCGGGUAGUAAUAUGUUUACCAUUGAAGUACAAGACUUUGUUCCAUUUGUACAAUGCAAGGCCAAGUUCCUGGCACCAAGUUUUCAUGUUGAUACCCCAAUGGAGCUGUAUGUCUAUUUAAAAACAGAUUGCCCUCACCCUAUCCGCUUCUCCAAACUCUGUGUUGGAUUUAGCAACCAGGAAUACAACCAGUAUUGUGUAGUGGAAGAACAGUACCAAUCCAGUGAUAUAUUGGAGCAGUCAGCACAAGGAACUAUGUGUCUGGUGCCUGGAAAGACCAGAAAGUUCACAUUCAAGUUUGUUGCCAAAACGGAAGAUGUUGGUAAGAAGAUUGAGAUAACAUCGGUGGAUCUAAUACUGGGCAGUGAGACAGGCCGCUGUGUCAUCCUGAACUGGAGGGGUGGUGGAGGAGAUGCUGCCUCUGCUCAGGAAGCCAUCCAGGCGGCUCGCUCCUUUAAACGCAGACCGAAGCUACCUGAUACUGAAGUGCACUGGGAUGGCAUCAUAAUCCAGGCCAGCACCAUGAUUAUUUCCAGAGUACCUAAAGUUUCCGUGCAACUGCGUCACGAGCCACCUGUGCUAAAUAAUGAGAUGUAUUGCCUGAUGAUCACCAUACAAUCUCAGGAAGACACGGUCAUCAGAGAUGUAAAGCUUACUGCUGGACUUAAACCAGGGCAGGAUGCCAAUCUCACACAGAAGACUCUAGUUACGCUUCAGGGAACAGAAAUGUGCGAUGACUCAAGUCCAGCUCUACUCACUGACAUCCCCAUAGGAAACCUGCAACCCGGAGAAAAGCUGGAUAUGCCCUUGUACAUUCGCUGUAGCACUGUCGGAACCCGCGUAUUCCUGGUUUAUGCUUCAUACCUGAUAGAUGCCUCUGUUGAUGGCAGAGAGAUUGUUUGCAGAUGUCACAGGGAUGAGACUGUAACCAUUGAGACGGUGUAUCCCUUCGAUGUUGCUGUGAAGUUUGUGUCUAUAAAAUUUGAGCACUUAGACCGGGUCUACACCGAUAUUCCAUUUUUAUUAAUGACAGAUAUUUUAAGCGCGUCUCCAUGGGCUCUUACCAUCUUAUCCAGCCAACUACAGCUCUCAUCAUUCAUCAACCCUGUGGAUCAGCUAGAGUCACAUGUGGAGAAUGUUGUGUUACAGACUGGAGAGAGUGCCAGUGAAUGCUAUUGUCUUCAGUGUCCACCCUUAGCCAUUCCUCAAACCGGUGUCGCCACUGGCAGCUAUAUUAUUUCCUGGAAGAGGAGUUCAGCUGCAGAGACUGUACCCGUUGUGAACACAGUGGUUAUAUUACCCCAUGUCAUGGUAGAGAGUAUUCCACUCCACAUCCGAGCAGAUCUGCCAUCCUUUGGAAGGGUACGGGAAUCUCUACCAGUCAAAUAUCAUCUACAGAAUAAGACCAAUUUGGUACAGGACAUUGAAAUUGCAGUGGAGCCAAGUGACGCAUUUAUGUUUUCUGGACUCAAACAGAUCCGAUUGCAGAUCCUACCUGGUACUGAGCAAGAGAUGUUGUAUAACUUUUACCCAUUGAUGGCUGGAUACCAACAGCUUCCAUCUCUCAAUAUAAAUGUACUUAGAUUCCCAAACUACACCAGUCAUAUGCUGAAACGUUUCUUACCUACUCAUGUGUUUGUGAAGCCACAAGGACGUCGCAUGGAUGAUGACUCUAUUGAAGCUGCAUGAGAAUCCCAUUGAUCGAUCUAUAUCUGCUCAAACCACAUAUAAAUUCUUGCCUCAAUGUAUUUGUAUUAUCCUAAAACAAAAAAAAUGUGUUUUUUGAGUGUGUUGACAUACUCAGGAGGAUAUACCAGGACAUCAAAUGAAGGCUUAGGCCUUAUCAGUACAUUCCAGUUCAGACUUAAAUACUCCAGUAUGUCAGUACUGCUAGGUAGUUCAGCAUUGACUUAUGGAUAUCUGCAUAGAGUAUUCAUAUGGAACAGCCCUAACUAAAGUAACAAACAAACCCAAUGUAGCCCUCUAUAUUAUUAUGUACAUACAUUGAAAUUUCAUAUGAGGACUUUCUGGACCCGGAUAACAACUAUUUUAAUGCCAUGUUUGGCAGCUGGUCAGUCUGUGAUAGUGGCUACCUACCUGCUUGAUGCGUCUAGAGUCUUCUGCUAAUAAAAAUAUAAACAUUUAGCUAAUUAUCUACAGUACAUUACUUGUAUCAGAUAAAAUAAAAUUAAAUAACAUGUACUAUAGUGAUACCCUAUACACAUACUGUCAUACAUUAAAAAAUUGUUAGAAAAUGUAUAUGCUGUGACUCGGGAGUUUAUAUCAAGAAAUGGCUAAAUUGAAUUUCAGGACAACCACAUUACAUGUAAGGGCUUAUGCAGAUGUGUGGUUGUACUGGUUCACCAACGUCAACAUCCUCACCCUUUCUACAGAUAACAUUUUCAUUUAUAGCUGGGGUUCAGUCUUGGUUUAGUUCACAUUGUCCACUGUAAAUUGUAUGUAAAUAAAGUACCAUGUGUGCUUCCUCGACAAUUGUCUAAUUUACUAUUAAGUUAUAUUAAACUCUAUAAGCUACUAGUGAUCAGCAUUUUAACUGGAAUCACAUUAAAGAUUAUGGUGAUGAUUCAUUAAAGAAUGGUGUUUUUAUAUGCAGUCUAAACAUUAAGGUUAUAAAGUAGCAUGCACAAAAUGUAAGAAGAUUGUACGUACUAAUACAUUUGACGCAUCUUUUCCUGUACCUCAAACUCAAUCUGUGCCAGCUGUAAGCUAAUGUAGGUUUCCUCUACAUUAUAUACCAUUUUAUGGCAUACAUUAUAUUACAUAUGUCAGACUGCAGGAGACCUGACCUAUCCCAGCUAAGACCCAGCCACUUUUUUUAAAAGUUGCAGAUUUUUGCACAAAUUAGCAUCUUCAUAUAUGACUUAAUAAACAUCCAACUCUAAAUUUGA